AUCACGUCUCCGCGAAUCGAACUAUUCUCCUUCUCAGCGCCUUCUUGGACUCGAUCCUAGCAGCAAACCAACCGGACCAUUCUCCUUCACACCUUCAGCUAAUUCACUAUGUCUUCCGAUCUCUGCCCCGUGUAUGCCGUAAGUACCACCUAGCCACCUGCGGCCCACCACAGCCAAACGAGGCCCUACCUGUUCCGGAGCAACAUCGCCGCGCGACGAUGAUGCCAUCAUAUUUGAAAGAGACGUUCGGCUUUCUGGAAAAACGCAAUUGAGACCGGAAGAAUCGGCAUGAAACAUGCUGACGUUUUCUCCUGAUAGCCGUUCUUUGGAGCGAUGGGCUGCACAGCUGCCAUUGUGUUCACUUGCUUCGGUGCUGCAUACGGAACCGCCAAGGCUGGUGUUGGUAUCUCCGCCAUGGGUGUUCUCAGGCCUGACCUGAUCGUCAAGAACAUCAUUCCCGUCAUUAUGGCUGGUAUCAUUGCCAUUUACGGCUUGGUCGUGUCAGUCUUGAUCUCCAACGAACUCAAGCAGAAGACCUCUCUCUUCACCGGUUUCAUUCAGCUUGGUGCUGGUCUGUCCGUCGGCCUCGCUGGUCUCGCCGCUGGUUUCGCGAUUGGUAUCGUUGGUGAUGCCGGUGUCCGUGGUACUGCUCAACAGCCCCGACUUUUCGUCGGCAUGAUUCUCAUUCUCAUUUUCGCCGAAGUGUUGGGUCUUUACGGCCUGAUUGUGGCGCUGCUCAUGAACUCGCGCGCCAGCACCGACGUCUCAUGCUAAGCAAAGGCGUACGAACGACGGCGUGGACAAACCUUGACGACAUCCAGCGCGCCUAAACUAAACUAUCUUAAACGUGGACGAAUGUCAUGCCUUCCACAAAACUGGGCUUGGUGUUAAACCAUUCCUAAAACAGACACCUGCAUGGGGUUUCGAGACGGCGCAUUUGUUGUGUAAUUGGCAUGUAGUUGUAUUUUAUCGCUGGCAGAAUGAAAGGAUAGACUUGGGCAUUCGAAGCUCGGUUUUCUUAUAGAAUCGAGGCAUCUCGCGU